CACUCCACCAUUUAUGGUAAUGGAAACGGUAGUCCGCUUACUUUUUGGAACCAUUCCAUACGGACGACGGGGGACGGACGUAUAUGAAGCAUGACACACAGGCGCACACUUUAGUCCCCCCAAAAAGAAACACCACACAUUGCAACAUAGGUUAAGUGUUUUACCGAAGAAGACGAACGACAACGACACGACAUUGCUGGGGCCCCACGGUGUGAAGUAUGCCCCCGGGUUUGUGCCCCUAGCACGCGUGUUUAACGCGCCAUGCCCCUUCUCUUUGGCUACUUUGACCGACCAAAAACAACGCAUAGACACACACACACCCUUAUGACUUCUGUCCUGCCAUCCAUCAAAUCACCGAACCUAGCGAACGGCAACGAUGACGACGUCUUGAAAGCAAAGUAACCGUAGGCGAUGAAGCUGAUCAGAGUCAGUCCCAGUCAGCAGAGUCGCAGGGUAACAUCAGUUUUGGGCCAUCAACAACCAUUUUUGUUGUUUUGCUCUUCGAAGAAGAAUGGAGAAGAAGUGCCGUGUUGUGACUGGUUCUUAAUUGCUCGUCUUUGCAGCUGAUCGGCGUGUGUCGGAGAAGAUAGGACGGAAAAGAUCUCGCGGCAGAAGACCGUUUCUGAGGUGAAUUUGGUGUUAGAAUUGGGCGGUUUUUUUUUUGGCGGUGCGAGUUCCUAGUGUCCCAUGUUGUGCACCGUUCGUAAAUGGCACUAUCAUAAACGAACGCUCUUGAAACGGGCAGACAGAGGAUCAUCAUCAAUUCGCCUCUUUGUCGAAUGGCCUGUGUGGGACCGUUAGACAGCGACGAGACAGUCUUCCCGGACCGGUGGACAGUCUAAGAUCGCAACCCCAUUAACACGUGUGUGUGUGUGGUUUUAAUUGCGAGCGUAAUUAGCUGAUUGGCAAAUUGUGACCUCAACCCCCUCGCGUUUGUGAUGAUCGUUCUUUUUGUUUUGGGGUGGUCCGACAGUCCGACAAUAUCGCCACGGAGGGCACACGCUUGCUUUGAUGAUCAUUUUCUAAUAGCUUUUGUCAUGCCCCGCAAGACAAGAACCAGCCGGGAAUGGAUGGUGAAUUGUGCGCCGCGGGAUGGCAUUGUGUACUUUGUGUGUGAAUGUGUGCGUGUGUGCCGGUGUAGGUGACGUCCGCGAUGGGGCGGCCAACAUGUGUGAUCAAUAAAUGGUGAACGCGAAUGGCAAAUUAAUUCCAAUAAUCUUAGUCAUCGGUCGAAUAUUGCGCGUUUGCAGGCAUCUGUGUAGAGCGAGUAGAGGAGGUCGCAGUGUAGUGUGUUGUGUGAGGCUUUUCAAUUUUGCAGCAAUAUUGCUAAAAAUAAUUUAACGGUUCAACACGCCCUCCUCAAUAUCAUGUCGCACCCCGCAAAUGCAACGAUCGAACGACCAUCGUGUCCUUGGCAACGACAGCACUCUUGAAUUGACGGAGAACGUUUACGAGGGGAGUGUGUUCGGCUAGCUUCACAUCGGGCUCGCCUUAAGGCCUUUGACACACCCGCCUCCAAAAGCCACGAAACGAUGGAAUCCCAACGAAUACUGUCCUCCCCGUCGAACGGUGAUGACACGGAAACCGAUUCGAUCAGCUGUUACGUGGUCGAUGCCGCCGAACUGCCGCCCGCCGACAGCACAGGCUGUGCCACCGCUGGCAUCGUGAACGUACAGUACCGGCUCGAGGCCGGCUCGGACAGCCAUUUGCGCAAGGGGCUGAACCGCAUCUCGAGCGAUUCGGCGUCCACGUACGAGCUGGUGGACGCCGGCAGCCCGCAGUCACCGGCCGCAUCCGACACGAGCGACGGCCACGGCAUGGACGGUGACGAUGACGACGAUGGGGAAGAGGAGGACGAGGAGGAGGAGGAGGAGGACGAGAUGUGGAGCAAUAUUGUGCGUAUAAAUAAUGCGACGUUCGCGACGGUGGCCGAACUGGCGGCUGCGAACGAGGUGGAGGAAGGCGAAACGCUGGUGAAUGAAAUCGAGUACGAAGUGCAGGAGGCCAGUGGGGCGGGUGCGCUCGACCGCGAAGCGCCCGACGGUGGUGCCGCCGCCGAGCUGUUGCAGCGCAAACGGUUCGAUCUCGCCCGCUCCUCCACUAAGGAGGAGAAGCAGCGGCACAACGAGGAAAUAGUGAUCAUGAAAUCGAACUCGCUCUCCGACACGACCAUGCUGGCCGAUGGAGGCAAUUCCCCGUGGGAACCGGGUGACGUGGAGGACGGUACCGGGCAGGAAGGAGCCGAACCGGUUGAGGAGGUGCUGGAGGAGGACGAUCAAAUGCAGGGCGGAGUGCUGGCCCAACCGGCACCGUCCUUCGGCGGUCCCUCCAAACCGUGCUUUAUCGAUGCGUCUUCACUGUUUGACGACGAUGAGGUGGUGUAUCCGUCGUUUCAAGAGAUCGCUCCUCCCGCCCCACUACCAAACUGCCGGUCCGUGCGGAGCGAGGCGGAGGGUGCCGAAAGCGCGGGCAGCAUCCAGCUCGCGACGAUCCUAUGCGACGAUGAGAAGCUACGAGCGACGGCGGCGGCGGAAAAGAUAACCAUCAAGCCGGUCGAGGUGAAGGACCAGUUUGCGGCUGGACCGUCGAACGAUUAUCUAGCGUGCAAGCUGAAGCUUGCCGAACCGGCGAACCAACGCGAGCUGCUGCCGGAAGUGCCGUCCACCAACGGCAACGGCGAGAACGACCGCGACGAGGUGCUGGCACGCCAGGAAGCGGAACGCAAGCAGGGCACCUUUCUCUUCCAGCACUCGAUCCAGCAGUACUCGGGCCACCUGCUCGACGCGAGCCUGCAGUUUGCGCCGGAAGAAACGUACAGCGACCUGUCGCUGCCGAGCGUGUACUCGUCGAGCAGCGAGCCGAACUACGGCGAGUACAGCUCGCUCACGAUCAGCGACAGUCAGCGCUACUCGCUCGGGGGUUGUAGCAGCGUGGUCGGAGCGGGCGACGAGCGGGCGAGCGGACGGCUGGACAGCUUGCGCGGUGGCACGAGCACGAGCGGGUACAACUCCAGCUCGGCCGACUACAACAGCCGCACGCAGGCAACGAGCGACGUGGAGUCGGCCUCGCACCACUACCCUCCCAGCACCCCGUUCAACUCGAUCGUGCACGUGACGUCGGCUGCGUCCGUACCGUCGGCGCUGGCCGCGAACCGGGCGGUGCAGGAGCUGAGCGAAGACACCGGCAACGAGACGAGCCGGGCCAGCUCGGUCGACCGGGAAUCGCACUCGACGCCGAUCCGCAUCCCGAAGCGGCUGCAGAAGCACGACGAAUCGGCCCCGAUCGUGUCGGGCGGCGCAUCGAUCGAGGACUUUACGCCGCGCCAGUGCGAAAGCCCUUCGGUGCGGCGCCGCACCGACACCUGCCCGAUAGUGUCCGGCGGGAGCAUCAGCUUUGACGAGCCGGAGGAGCGGACCGCGGCUCGGCAGCUCAGCAAGAGCGGUUCGGGCAAAUCGUGGGUCGUCGAUCUGAAGAACUGUCCCGAUGAUGCGAAGACGGCGGCGGCGGCAGCGCUCGAAGCUUCCUCCGCGAUGCACUCGGGCCUCGAACAGUCGGGCCAGCGGAGCCUCGGCUUUUUCGUCGAUUUGGGCAGCCUGAAGACGCCGGAGGAGGAGAAAUCGAUCACGGUGGUAAACAGCCGGCCGCGCACGGCCCGCACAGAGCUGAUGAAGAAAUCGACCGGCUUCUACAUCGACCUGUCUGACGACGGUAGCGAAAGUGCGCGCAGCGCUACACCCAAGCUGAGCGGUGGACGGAUGGAAACGCCACCACCUUCCGCCUCGGCCCUGACCGGAUCAUCCCGGAGCGAAUCGGAGGAGAAGCAGACGGCGGCGGCACCCGAUCGCAAGAACAUGUUUUCGAUGUUUAUCGACUUUGGCAACGACAAUGGUGGCGGGAGCAGCGUCAACACGAACGGAAAGCCAACCAUGCCACGGAAACUGUCGAUGCCGCAACCGCUGCUGGCCAACGGGAAGGAAUCGGUACGUCCCAGCAGUCUUGGUCCAGCGGUGGGCGAUGAAAGCAGCAACAGCAAGCCUUACUACAUGUUUGUCGGGCCGGCCGAUGGGCCACCGUCAGUGAUGCGUCGCGCGCAUGCCAAUACGACGGCAAACGGAGGCGCCAGUGGUUCGUCCGCUGCAAGAAACGAAUCCAAACGUCACUCCUGGAACACGACCGUCGGUGAGAGCGCUGCGGGAGGUUUCCACGAGCGUCGAAUUGCCAGCGGCAGAGCCUACCAGCGUUCCACGAGCGUGACGAGCGAUCGGGGCAUCAUGAACAUACUGGACAAAAUACCGCUGCUCUCCAAAACGUCCAGCAUGUCGAUCGAUUCGUCCGUGUCGCCGUUCGAGGACUUUACCUGCUCCAAGUCGGAGCUGAGCACCUGCUCGAACCACUCGGUAUCGUCCAAUUCGGCCCACUCGAGCAACGAGUCGAAGGUAUCGCCCAAGGACGGUACGCACGAGGGCCGACCGAUGGAAGCACCGGCGGACGGUGGGGCGAUGGUGUCAUCGGCCCGCAAAAAGCGCAAGGAUGCCAAAAUUAACGAAACGUUCGACAAGAGCAGCCAGGGUUCGAUCACGGACGGCAUACUGUCGUCAAACGAGGACGGCUCCCCGACGUCCACCACCACCGACACGGACGACGUCACGUUCCAGAACAAUCCGGCCGAGGAGGAGGCACUGCUCGCGGGUCUGCAGCAGCCGGCGGUGGGGAAAGAAUCUUUCCAACCGCUCGGGGAACCGAUUAAACUGUCCGCGAUCACUAGCAGCAACAGCAGCAGCACCACCACAACCACCAAGCAGAUGGAAACGAUCGUCGAGACGGUCGAGUGUUCGCCGCGUCAUACCGCGCGCAGCAAACCGCAGCACACGAUGGAAACGCUGCACGCCACGAUCGAGAAGCAGAAGCAGCUGCUCGAAACCGUCUCCGAGAAUGUGGAAUCGCACGCGUCCACCACGACGUCUUCCUUCGUUAAGCUGUCGGACAUGGAUAAGCCACCGACCGCGGUGAGUCUGCUCACCACGACCACAAAGUUUGAGCUGCAUUCGAGCGGUGGUGGUGGUGGUGGUGGUGGUAGUGGUGGCAGUGGCAGCGGCAGCAACAUGUCAAACUCGGCCGGUUCCAGUCGAGUUGCGCGGCUGUUCGAGUGUCAGAAGUACAACACGAUCGGGUCGGCGAUCGGCGCCAGCAGCCAAGCGAUGAGACAGCACCAGCAGCAGCAGCAGAAGGCAUCCAACUACUAUCACUCGAACGGUGGGGCAACGUCGAUGGAGCGACACUCGUGGAAUAUGUCUCGCUCGACUGGCAACAACUUUGUGAGCCUCAUCUCCUCGUCGGUGGAAAACUCCCGUUCGCUCAGCCGGCUGUUUCCGCACCUGUCGAAAGCAUUUAGCAGCAGUCUUCCGUCGGACGUGGGUAUGAACGGGCGCAACGGUCAGGAUGGCAGCGAGAUGAUGCAGUCGGACUUUUCCUGCACCUCCAGCAUCACCUCGAGCCGAUCCGGUAUCGAAUCGAUCGACGAAUCCAUCUCGAGCCGGCAGCCGCGCCGCCUCGGUGAGGAUCUGCUGAAGAUGUUCCUUCAGGAGAUUGCCACCGACGUGACGAUCGAGGUCGAGGCGCGGAAGAUGCGGGCGCACAAGUGCAUACUGCGAUCGCGUUGCCAGUACUUUGCGGCAAUUCUCGCCGGGAGUUGGGUGCAGAAUGCGGGCAACGUGAUCGCCCUGCCCGGCUACUCGUACGCGGCAGUGCACUUUGCGCUCUGCCACAUCUACUCCGGUGCCUCCCAUCCGCCGGAGGGCAUCAGCCUGAUGGAGCUGGCCGCACUGUCCGAUCUGCUCGGGCUCGAGGGGCUGAAGGAGGUGACGGCGUACGCGCUGAAAACGAACUACUGUCACAACUUCCACAAGCCUUGCGUCGGCUGUAUGGACGGUGUGCUGCAGGUGCUCCCGGUGACGCUAAACCACGGUCUGGACGAUCUGUACCGCAAGUGUCUGAAGUGGGUCUGCCGGCACUACGUGAAGCUCUGGUCGCAGAAGCAGUUCGCGCAGCUGCCGCUCGACGUCGUGCACCGCUGCCGGCAGCAGAUAGUCGCGCAUCUCAGCUCGGAAAGUGUACUUACCACGAUACUGGACAGCGAGCAGCUGCUCACCCUGCUGCACCCGUACAAGUGGUCGGUGGAGGUGGAAAACGUGGUGCGCGACAUACUCGAGACGGCGUACGACUACAUUGCGGACCACUUUGCGUCGCUGCUUGCGAGCGACGCGUUCCUGUCGCUCGGCCAAAACUAUCGCUGGGCGAUACCGCACCUGGAGCCGGUCCUGCUGCCCGCGGCCAACAAUCUCAGCCCCGAUCAGGCCUGCAAAAGCUACCCGCGGGCAACGAGGCUGCAGAAGCUGCUGCAGGCCAAAGUGCUAACCAUGACGACGACCACCUCGUCGACGCCCAUGUCGUCGAGCGACAACACGAACGUGGUGAACGUGUACGACAAGCAAGCGAAAGCGGCCGACGGUGCCGGCCGGAAGGACUACAACCUGCAGGAGGAGGAGAUGGACUGGUGCGACGAGUUUGUGGGCAUGGUGAAUGCCAUUCUGUCGGCGGUGGAACAGUGCCUGAUACGGCAGUGCGCCCGAGCCAUGCGGGUCAGCUCCUGGCAGCGGAUGGAUGUGGAGCUGCGCAACAAGAUCCAGAAGCUGGCCUGCCUGAUGGAGACGGCGGACGAGCGCAAAUCGCGCUCGCGCUAUUCCUACUCGUCGCAGACGUCCUCCUCGUCGUCGGUGCACUCGCGCACGAACGAUAUGCGCCAGGUGCGGCUUGCCAUACAGGCGCACAACAAGCGGGCGCUUGAGAACGGUCAGUCGCAGCACCACCACAGCCAGAGCAACCGCACGCAGCAAACGCAAACGAUCAAUACGCACCAGAACGAGCUGAACGCGGCGCUGCUGAGUUCGCACAAGCUGGCGAAACAUUACGCUACGCACGAGGCCGCAAUGGCCGUGCCGCCGGUCGUAGAGCGCGAACGUACGAAGCAGCAGCAGCCGAACCAUGCGACGGAAAAUGGGCGCAUUUCGAAAACUGCCUCCAAGAGUCACGUCCCCGAGCCGGGCAAGAAGGCGUCCAUUGCGCACACGAGCAGCAACGGUCGCCAGGCAGCGAACGGCAUUCGCAUGGGCGUGCUUUCCAAAGCGUCCAGUGGUGGCGGCGCCCCGCUACCACUAGCCUCACACAAACGUUCGCAAUCGGAAGAUCAUGCGAAUCUAAAACCGAGCACCGGCAGCAUCAAACCGGAACCGAUGCAGAAUUUGCGCACCAAGCUGAGCAACGUUAAGCCGCGGUAUCUCGAACCAAAGAAGCCGAAAAAUGCGGCCAACCUGCACGCGCAGAACAACAUUUCGUCGAGCGGCAGCUCCACCCGGACCUCCAGCCCGGCGAUGGGUCACCGCAAGGGUACGGCGAAGCUGCAGCACCCGAACCAUCACCCCGGCCACGAGUCGAACCUGUCGCUGGACAGCCUGUCCUCGCCGGCCAAGCUGAAGGGUGCGAAUGCGGCCAACGCAAAGCUAGCGCCCCGUGCGACCGUGGGCGAGAUGGACGUAUCGAUCGACUCGCUGGCAGAGUCGAUGAAAUCGCACUCGCUCAAAACCAGCAACACGCUGUCGCACGAGUCACUUAUCUAUCAGGAGUACUUCAAGCCGAAGGUGAUCAACUCGAUCGAUCAACAGCAGCAGCAGCAGCAACAUCAGCCGCCACUGGCCAAGAAUGGGUUCGUAAAGGACAAGGAUCAUCAUCGUGAGAAGCGCCCGGGCAGUGGCAAAUCGGUGGGCGGUGGCGGUGGACUGACCGCGCGCCCACUACCCGGCGGCAUUAAAGCGAACCACUCAUCCUCCUCCAUCCCGUCGGCGGUGAGCGUGCGCACGAACGGCAUCAAUCGUACCGCUUCGUCGGCCAGCGUCGGCUCGAACGGCGGCAGUGGCGGGCUGGUGAAGCGCAGCUUCCUGUCGCAACGGUCGCGCGAAAUUUUGGCCCGCCGCACCCACGAGCCAAAGUCAAACUCGACCAACUCGAGCAACAAAUCGGCCGCCUCCUCGCCCAGCCUGCUGCUGACGCGCGACAAGUCUACGGGCAGCGACAUCACCAAGUCGGGCUCGUCCGCCUCCCUGACCACCCCGAACGCGGGCGGGCGGAAGGUGUUCAACACGACGCUACAUCUACGCCGCACGGCCAAGCUGCCGGACGGAACGGCACCGGCUACGGGCGCUAGCAACAACCGCGCUUCUACCGGCAGCCAGGAGCGGAAGACGGAAAAACACACCGCAAAGGGCGGAGCUUCACAGCGGACCAGGGCAGCGGCAGGAUCGCACGGUGUCGCGGAUAGUCGAGCCUCGCUGAAGGGAGGAGCCGCGCUGGAGAAUAACUGUGCGCCCGCAGUAGGUGAUAAUGGACUGGUGCACGCACCGAUGAUAGUGGAACGGGUCGAGUCGAAGCUGGAGCGCUCGAACACGUUUUCGAUCGAUGCUUCCGACAAUCCGCUGAUACUGCAAAUGAUGGAGUAAACGGCAGCACUGGUCGUGUGGAUGGAAAUUACGACUGAGGAAAAGAGGUAGGAAAUGAUGGUAUGUAUUGUGUGUGCGAGUGUCUAGCGCCUGCCUGGGUGCUACACUUUCGCAUCGGAAGGUAGGUAAGCAGCAACACGGGAGGUAUCUUCUCAGAGAUAAGAGGUACGUGUGCGCGCGCAGUUAAGACAACACAUCUGCGCCAAAACACGGGGUGAUCUUAAAAUCCAAACUAAUUUAAUUCGCAAAACUCCUGCUAACUUCAUCACAAAUGUCUAGUCACGUAUUUAUAUGCAUAUACAUAGAGAGGAAACAGAGAGAGAGAGAGAAACAGAGAGCGGAAUACUAAUAUGCUGGGCGUAUGGGCAGCGAUGCUCGACUCAAUGCAAGCGAUAUGAUGUGGUGCAUCUUUUCUGCACUCUUAAUUAAUACGUUAGAAACGAUAUAUAUACACACACAUAUACUUAUCUGUUGCAAGAUAUACUUAUACAUGUAAUGCGUAGAUAUUCGGCCAAACCCCCGGCUGCAAAAGAAGCAUAAGGCACACGAGUAUGAUUUAGCCAGUGUUAGGAAGGCCAUUCGCGAACAAAGCUAUAAACCCCAUUUCAAAGUCAUUACUAUUGCCGAAUAUCGCCACAUUUGGGGUAAUGGGGACGCCCACGAUAAGCACACGACGAUGCUGAUGAUGAUGGUCUACACAGCCGCAGACACACGGGGAACAACGAUCUUUUGCGUGAGGUUGCGCUAAUUGCGUGUGGUAAUAAUUAUAAUAAUAAUAAUCACUUAUUCGGUUUGUUACAUUUGCAAAAGAAGAAUUUAUAUAGUUUAAUCCUGUCACUCGUGUCCAGAUGAUGACCCCAAAUACGCCAGCCAAUGGCACAAUUUACCCUACUCCAUCAUGUUUCCAUUUACAUCCGGACCGAAGACAAAAAAGCACUGGCGAGGAAGAGGAAACGGUAACGGAAAUGAAAAGUUCAAUGUUUGCAUGUGUGUAUGAAUCGAACUCCUAUAGUUUACAAUGUGCACGCUAUCUCUCUCUCCAUACGGGUGUGUUUGCAAUGUUUCGAUGACCAAUAUAUGAAGCCAUAGUUUUAUUCGGUUAACAAAUAUGCAUUCAGGCUAUAGUUUACAGCAGAAAAGGGAGUUUCAAUGGUGAAAUUGGGUGCUUAAAGUGCUACUGAAAGGCAUGAAAAUCUAUGAUGAAAAUGGCAGUUAGAAAAGGCUCUAAUGAACUGAACCAACUUUUGGUUCGCAUAGAGCAGGUGGUGUAGUUCCAUGUCACGCGCUUCAAGUGGUAGUUACGGGCUUUUUUUGUAAUGUGUUUUUCCGCUACUUGAUUCAGAAACAAUGUGAUAACUCGAUCUUUAAGAAGAUCAUCCCUUUUUGGUUGCUAUUAUUUGCUAAUUUACAAGACAAAAGUAUGUGUUUUUGUAUUGCUUUAAAUAACCCGCCCCUACUUUUGCAUUUUAUUAAACUUCUUGAGUAACUUAAAACAUGUUUCUAUUUUUGUUGCAAAAGGAAUGGUGAUACUUGCUAGCUCUUAGAAUAUUAAUUCCACUCCUUCGACAUUGCUGCCAAUUUGCUGUGUUUAAUGUGCUAAAGUAUGCGUUUGGUUUGCUACAAUUAAUCUCACGAAAUGAAUCCAUAACCACAGUCCAUCAGCAAGUACCCGCGUUAGUAGCGAAACGGUGGUACGGUUAAACAAGUUAGUUUUGCAUAUUGAUGCUAGGCUUGAUGAUGCUCUGUUCGAUUCUAUCCCGUGAAAACUCUGCCGUCCCAAGACUACCAAUGAUAAUUUUAGUGCAUAUUACUAUUUUACCCAUAAACACAUCGCUAGUUUGCUUUAGUUACUACUUAUGCUGCGAUAACUUCCUCGCUCUAUUGGCAGCUUAUGGGGCGACAACCAUAUAUUACGUAACGCUGGUAUCGCUAUCAAUUGAAUGAUUCUGCUAAUUACGUACUAGUUCUGGAAACUGCUGAGAAAACUAAUUUAUUUUCGUUUGAAAUUACAUUUAAAUGGUAUUAGUUAAUAAUUCUUUCAAUCAAAUCAUCUAUAUUUUCUUAUCAUAAAUGCAAUGUUCAUACAGAUUAGACAUGUCGCUGAGACCUUCCAUGCAAUAGCGUUACGUAAUCAAUGGAUGCCUCCUUCUGCAUACAUUUUAUUCUUCUAAUUUGAAACAUCAAGAUUCAGGCUACGAUUAGGUAUGUCAAGAUCUACAUUUUUGACCACCAACCAUUCUGGCAAUUUGUUUUGGUAAUGUAAUAAAAUACUUUGCUAAGUUUUCUGCACUGAUCUUGCGAUCGUCAAAGUGCGAUUAAUGGCGUUGUUGAGCUAAGUGAUUGAUUUGUUUGUCUAGUUUUACGAUCGGCUUAAAAUGUUUGUUUUUUUUUCUAAUAUGUUUCUGAAACUUACAACAUUCCCUCCAAACUUUACACCAUUACAUCGGUUUAUUCGUAUAAGUUUGAGUUUUAGUACUUAAAAAUGUUGCCGCUGUGCUACGGUGACGAGUGAUUUGUUUUAUAUUUAUAUUAAUUCUGCAUACCCUUGGCUUUGCGUGCAAAACAAAACUAAUGUAGCAAGCAGUAGAAAACCGCAAAGGAUCUGCGCGCUCCUUAAUAGAAAACAAGGUAACAACUAACUAUGAACAAUAAUAACUCACGCCAGAUUGCAAAAGCGAGUGCAACUGCUGCAGAACCACUUAAGCAAGCCUAGUCAUGUGUACAAAGUUUUCUCGUCAAAUGCUUGCAAAAACAAACAGAAAACAGCUACCAAAAUUAAAAGCACAUCUUUCGUACGCUGCGUAUGAUAAUAUUAUAGAUACCAGAGAUCAGUGCACUAGGUGAUAGCGGAAAGGAAUAGACAGCACGAACUCUAUAACAAAAUAUAAAUAACACAUCCUGUAUUUAGCUGCGCGUUUGAGUGUGAGUAUGUGUGCGUGUGUGUUGGCUAUACCAAAACUAUUGGUUUGCAGCAGAGAUCAGUUUGAAAUGGUAUGUAGAAGAGAAGAUGUAAAAGAGAAACAAACCAAUGCACUGCUAAAUGGUUGGACAAAUAGACGGGAAGGAGAAAGGCUUCUUGAUGCAUGGAUUUGUUGUGUAAAAUGUAAGGGCAGUCCAUCUGAUUCGAUCACGUGAAUUGGAUCGCGAAGAAUCAAACACUAGAAGCGACCGAGAGAGGUGAACUUAAAACAAUAAACGUUCUACAGCAGCUUUUGGAAACUAGCAACUGAAAAUAA